CAGAUCAGAUUGAAUGUAAGCUGAGUCAGCUUGAUUGAAUAAUGAAUAUAUUAGUAUCUUAAGUUACAUUUAGUAAACUGUAUGGCUUAAUUAAGGGUGUAUCUUCCGUGUUAGAUGCUGACAGAUCAUCUAUGUAGAAACUCAAAUGAAUCAUAUUUUCCUUCCAUACACAAGUCAUCAACAUGCAUGGUAUUGGGGUUGACCUUCGUCAUGAUGUCAAGAGUUCGUGGAAGUAACGCAUCCAGAGGACGCUGCACGUACGUGCCCACACAUGCCACCUAAAAGGUACGAUUUUCGUUAAGCUCACGUUUGAAUUUUGAGUGACAACUGCACAGUCUGCACUUGAUAGUAACGACCGAGUCAGACGAUGGAUGUUUUGAAUUGCCCAUACUCAAAAGGGAAGACCUCCAAGAAUUUAGAGCAAAAGUUCUUCUUCAGCAAAGGGUUUAUCAACCAGAACAAGUUGAUAGGCAAUUGUGCUAACGCUUUGAAGAUACUUCUGAGAAUCUGUGCCUUCUUGAUGAACAGAAACACUUUUCGUAGUUGAACAACACGAGCAUGGGAGUAGGCAACAUAGGAUACAUCAAGAAUUUUUCCAGACUCCAUGAGAAGUGGAGAGAUCAAUGAUUUUUUUAGAGACUGAGCUUAAUAACCAGCCAAGAAUAAGCUGACCCUGACGUUGCCAAAUGCCAAUGGAUGUAGUCAGGAUUUUCUAUAGAAUCGGAGCCUCGAGAAAUGAUUUUGGGAGGACUGGGAAUGGACCCAUCGCAAUAAACCGAGCACGCCAUGACCACGAAGGUGAGGACUAAUUUCGUUCAAUUUGAUGCUGAGAACAGCGGAGUGGGAGGCAGAUGAGGGAAUACGGGGGUGGUGAGCGUGUUAUGGUGUUUUCGAUUGUAGCAGAAGAGGAACUCAUCUUUGAAGAGAAUGGCAAGAAAUCAGUGAAAUAUAACGCUGGAUAGAUGUUCGAAGAAAUGCCAGGGAGACAGAUGGGUUUCCAAGACUUACUUAGUAGACGCUUGAGAUAUUGUCGUUACAAGAAGCUAAACAAUGCUGAUGAAAAGGUGGCGAGGCCUAGAAGUUGUUGGGUGCAGAAAAGAAAUGGACGGCUAAAGGGUCUUCGCUUAUCACGGUCAAGGAAGAUCAUCUUGAAGGCGUUUUCUGUGAUGGUAUUGCCUAUCAGGAUUGCUAGGAUCUACGCUGAUAUUGUCAACCGAGUGAACGACGGUGUAUGUCCUGCGAUCAUCUUUCCCACUCAGUGGGGGCUUCCAGUUGUAUCUCAUCUCUCUCACUACUUUUGAACAAAAUAAUAUGAACACUGUAUUCUCCACUACUCCAGGCUUGAUUCCAAAUUAAGACAGCGGUAACUAAGUCGAGACUUCGAAUAUGUUUAGGGAA